AUGAGCUAUAAAACUCUGUAAUUUCUGUGAAAUAAAAAAUGACUGAUUGUUGGAUCUUAAUUUUUCUCUUCAGCAGCAUGUACACAGUCCAUCCUGGUAAACACUGGGUUACUGGACAAUCUCCAACAAAGCCACCCAUUUUUCAGCCUGAUAAAGAGCUCAGUGUGAAUAUCGGAGACUCGGCGACUCUACGGUGUUGCAUUUCUGAAAAUGUGGUUGGGAUGAUUAUCUGGUUUAAGCAACCAAAGGGAAAUAAACCUCAGCAUAUGCUGACGGUAUAUAAAAGUGGUGACAAAACAUUUUUGAUAGAAUCCCAAAACCCUCGUUUUCAAAUAAAAACCUACGGCAAUUGUUUCAAUACGACAAUUUUAAAAACCGUGCAGUCUGAUGAAGCCAUGUACUACUGUGCACGCAGAUCUCCAUACAUGGUGUUCGGAGAUGGGACUUAUUUACAAGUUAAAGAAACAUCUAAAGUAGCUCUGUGUGAUAAUUCAGUGGAGUGUGAGUCAACACUGCAUGGAAACAAGACUAACACCAACACACAACACAACACAGUGAUCGGUUUGGGAUCGGCUUUGGGUUUGUGCGCACUUCUGAUUUUCUGUCUCACUUAUUUCAUACUGAGGAGAAGAAAAGGUGAAAAAAUGAAGACUUCUGUAGAAGAUUCUUCAGGAAUGAUGCAGGAAUCUGACACUGAAACGCUGUAUUACGCAGCUUUGCAAUUCACCAAGAGGAAAACCAAAGCUGGGAAUAGAAAAGCUGAUUUAUCAGAGGAUGUACUCUAGUGUGAAAGAAUCUUUUUUAAGCAUUAUUAUUAUUAUUAUUAUUAUUAUUAUUAUUAUUAUUAUUAUUAUUAUUAUUAUUAUUAUUAUUAUUAUUAUUAUGAGUCACAUUGUUUUAUUAUGUAAAUUUUAACCUGCAUUAACCAUUAACUAUGUCAAAAAAUAAAGUAAUGACUUUAGUGUUGUAUGUUGAAUAAUUGUAAAUGAAUGUAAAAUCAUGAUCUCUAAUAAAAAGUAAAAACAUGUACAGUACUUCAGAUCAAAUUUUCUGAGAAAUUGAUUUUGUUGAUCUGUAAGUAUCUGUCCUGUUUUUAUGUAUGAUACACAAACAUUUUUCACCAACAUCUGUAAUCAGCAAUAAAAUAGGAAACAAUUUAAAGCCGGUGUUGUACGAUGAUGUCAUAUCAGCAACAGAUCCGGUGCUGAACUCCAUUUCCCAGAAUGCUUUGCAGCCUAUGAACAUGGCAAAACUCGAAAAAAAAUUUCAAUCUGAUCGCUCAAUUCAAUUCAAUUUUAACUGUGUAGUAAUUUUAACAAUAGACAUUGUUUUAAAGCAGCUUAACAGAACUGUUAUCAGACUGUAUCUGACUGAGGAAAGGACA